GGUGACUACAUAUGGAUCGAGCCAGUGUCUGGAGGCGAAUUCGAUGUCGCCAUAGGUGCGAGGGUGGUGUCGGCCGAAGGAAGAAGAAUCGCCGUAAAAGAUGACGAUGGCCACGAACAUUGGUUGUCCCCCGAACGUCGGAUCAAAGCGAUGCAUGCGACUUCUAUUCACGGGGUGGAAGACAUGAUAGGCUUGGGGGAUCUCCACGAAGCUGGCAUCCUAAGAAAUCUCCUUAUACGAUACAACGAAAAUCUCAUUUAUACCUAUACUGGAUCCAUCUUAGUGGCUGUUAACCCCUACCAAAUCUUACCGAUAUACACUGCCGAUCAAAUAAAACUAUACAAGGAGCGUAAAAUUGGCGAGCUACCACCUCAUAUAUUUGCUAUCGGUGACAACUCCUACGGACAUAUGCGCAGGUAUGGUCAAGAUCAGUGUAUUGUAAUAUCCGGAGAGUCUGGAGCUGGAAAAACGGAAAGUACGAAACUGAUUCUGCAGUAUUUGGCAGCCAUAAGCGGAAAGCACUCCUGGAUCGAACAACAAAUUCUAGAAGCGAAUCCCAUAUUAGAAGCAUUUGGUAAUGCCAAAACCGUGAGAAACGACAACAGCUCCAGGUUCGGGAAAUACAUCGACAUUCAUUUCAACAGCAAUGGGGUAAUAGAGGGUGCCAAGAUCGAACAAUAUCUGCUAGAAAAAAGUAGAAUCGUAUCCCAAAAUGCGGAAGAAAGGAAUUACCACGUGUUUUACUGUAUACUGGCUGGACUGGGGAAGGACGACAAGAAAAAGUUGGAGCUAGGAGAUGCCAGCCAAUAUAGGUAUCUGACCGGGGGAGGAUGUAUAACCUGCGAAGGGAGGGAUGAUGCCGCAGAGUUUGCAGACAUCAGGAGCGCCAUGAAAGUCCUCCUCUUUUCAGACUCCGAGAUCUGGGAAGUGAUGAAAUUGUUGGCAGCCUUACUACAUAUCGGCAACAUCAAAUAUAAAGCCACGGUGGUAGACAAUCUGGAUGCCACAGAAAUACCGGACCCUACUAACGUGCAACGCGUUGCAACUCUAUUGGGAGUUCCUACUCAGCCACUUAUAAACGCACUCACGAGAAAAACUUUAUUUGCUCAUGGAGAAACGGUUGUGUCAACCCUAUCACGUGAACAGAGCGUUGACGUUAGAGACGCUUUCGUCAAAGGUAUCUACGGGAGGAUGUUUGUUCUUAUAGUCAAAAAAAUCAACAAAGCGAUAUAUAGGCCCAAAGAGCGCCAGCGAAGCUCUAUAGGCGUAUUGGAUAUCUUCGGUUUUGAAAACUUCGACCACAACAGCUUCGAACAAUUUUGCAUCAACUUUGCCAAUGAAAACUUGCAACAGUUCUUCGUUCGACAUAUUUUCAAGUUGGAACAGGAGGAAUACAAUUUGGAAGGGAUAAACUGGCAGCAUAUAGAGUUUGUUGAUAAUCAAGAUGCUCUAGAUUUGAUCGCCAUCAAGCAAUUGAAUAUCAUGGCGCUCAUAGAUGAGGAAAGUAAAUUUCCCAAAGGAACUGACCAGACUUUGCUUGCGAAACUCCACAAGCAGCAUGGCCGACACAGGAAUUACUUGAAACCUAGAUCUGAUAUCAAUACUAGCUUUGGUCUGAACCACUUUGCGGGUAUUGUAUUUUAUGACACCAGAGGAUUUCUAGAAAAAAAUCGGGAUACAUUCAGCGCCGAUUUACUUCAGCUCAUCACAGUCAGUAGCAACAAGUUCCUGCAGCAAAUUUUCGCUGAGGAUAUCGGAAUGGGUUCGGAAACUAGGAAGAGAGCACCCACUCUGUCUACCCAAUUCAAGAAGAGUCUGGAUUCUCUCAUGAGAACUCUUUCGAAUUGCCAGCCAUUUUUCAUAAGGUGUAUCAAACCCAACGAAAUUAAAAAACCGAUGAUGUUCGACCGAACUCUCUGCUGCAGGCAGCUGAGGUAUUCUGGCAUGAUGGAAACAAUAAGGAUCAGAAGGGCUGGGUAUCCAAUGUCCAUUCGAGGAUGGGUAUACAGAAGACGCUUCCUGCGUAUGAAAGCAGCCUCCAUAAUAGUCCAAAAAUACUGGAAAGGCUACAUCCAGAGGCAACGCUACAAGAAAAUGCGUAUCGGCUACAUGAGGCUACAAGCCCUAAUCCGUGCGAGAAUAUUAUCGCACAGAUUCAGACAUUUGAGGGGCCAUUUAGUGGGCCUGCAAGCUCACGCCAGGGGGUACUUGGUUAGGAGGGAGUAUGGGCACAAAAUGUGGGCGAUAAUGAAAAUUCAAUCACACGUUAGAAGGAUGAUAGCUCAAAGAAGGUUCAAGAAGAUCAAAUUCGAACAGAAACGACAAGUAGAAGCUCUCAGACUGAAGAAGAAGGAGGAGAGGGAGCUCAAAGACGCUGGAAAUAAACGGGCGAAGGAAAUUGCCGAGCAGCAUUACAGAGAGAGAAUCUACCAACUCGAAAGGAAAGAGAUGGAAAUUGAGAUGGAAGAGAGAAAAAUUGUGGAAGAAAAGAAAAACAAAAUAAACGAAGCAGCCAGAAAAGCAGACGAGCCUGUGGAUGAUUCCAAAUUAGUAGAAGCAAUGUUUGACUUUCUCCCUGACAGUUCUAGUGAAGCACCAACUCCUGGUCGAGAAACUUCUAUUUUUAAUGACUUACCUUCACAACCAGCUGAAAAUGAAAUCAUAAGCCCAAUGGCCAUAGCAUCGGAAGAUGAAGAAGACCUUAGUGAGUUCAAAUUUCAGAAAUUUGCUGCUACAUAUUUCCAGGGUAAUGUUGGACAUCAGUAUUCCAGAAAACCUUUAAAGCACCCUUUGCUCCCUUUGCAUACCCAAGGAGAUCAACUGGCAGCUCAGGCUCUAUGGAUAACGAUACUACGCUUCACCGGAGAUUUACCCGAACCUAGAUACCACACGAUGGACAGAGACAACACCUCAGUCAUGUCGAAGGUAACUGCUACUUUGGGGCGUAACUUCAUCCGUAGUAAAGAAUUUCAAGAGGCACAGCUGAUGGGGCUAGACCCAGAUUCGUUCCUAAAGCAGCAGAAACCUAGGUCGAUCAGAAACAAAUUGGUGUCUCUGACGCUGAAAAGGAAAAAUAAACUCGGCGAAGACGUUAGAAGGAAACUGCAGGACGAGGAAUACACUGCCGAUAGCUAUCAGUCAUGGCUUGAAUCCAGACCUACGAGUAACUUAGAGAAGUUGCACUUUAUUAUUGGGCAUGGAAUUCUCAGAGCUGAACUAAGGGAUGAAAUCUAUUGUCAAAUAUGUAAACAACUCUCCAAUAAUCCCUCCAAAUCAUCCCAUGCUCGGGGAUGGAUCCUUUUGUCACUGUGUGUUGGCUGUUUCGCCCCAUCAGAAAAAUUCGUCAGCUAUUUGAGAGCAUUCAUCAGAGAAGGUCCACCGGGUUAUGCUCCAUACUGUGAGGAUCGUCUGAAACGUACCUUCAACAACGGAACUCGGAAUCAACCACCCAGUUGGUUGGAACUCCAAGCUACUAAGUCGAAGAAGCCCAUAAUGUUACCAAUCACUUUCAUGGAUGGGAAUACCAAGACUUUGUUAGCCGAUUCUGCAACUACUGCACGGGAGUUGUGCAAUCAGUUGUCUGAUAAAAUCGGUUUGAAGGAUCAAUUUGGAUUUUCCUUGUACAUAGCGCUUUUUGAUAAAGUUUCUUCCUUGGGAAGUGGGGGAGACCAUGUGAUGGAUGCCAUAUCUCAGUGUGAACAAUACGCAAAGGAACAAGGUGCCCAAGAACGAAACGCCCCUUGGCGUCUGUUCUUCCGCAAAGAAAUAUUCGCUCCUUGGCACGAACCGACAGAAGACCAAGUGGCGACUAACCUCAUUUAUCAGCAAGUAGUGAGAGGCGUUAAAUUCGGAGAAUACAGGUGCGACAAAGAAGAGGAUCUGGCCAUGAUUGCUGCUCAGCAAUAUUUCAUUGAGUACAACUCCGACAUGAACUUGGAAAGACUGUUGACGCUCCUGCCGAAUUAUAUACCGGACUAUUGCUUGACGGGAGUUGAGAAGGCGGUUGACAGGUGGGCAGCUUCGGUUGUGCAAGCCUUCAAGAAGAGUUAUUACGUCAAGGAAAAGAUACCAUCCUUGAAAGUAAAAGAGGACGUUGUAAGCUAUGCCAAAUUCAAAUGGCCGCUACUUUUCUCGCGAUUUUAUGAGGCAUACAGAAACUCCGGUCCAAACCUUCCUAAAAAUGACGUAAUAAUUGCAGUCAACUGGACUGGUGUAUAUGUAGUGGAUGACCAAGAACAAGUUCUGCUGGAAUUAUCCUUUCCAGAAAUAACGACGGUAUCCAGUCAAAAAACCAAUAAAGUAUUCACCCAAACUUUCAGUUUGAAUACUGUUAGAGGAGAAGAAUUCACCUUUCAAAGUCCUAAUGCAGAGGACAUUCGUGAUUUAGUGGUGUACUUCUUGGAAGGUUUGAAAAAACGAUCGAAAUUCGUGAUUGCUUUACAAGAUUAUAAAGCACCCGGGGAAGGGUCUAGUUUCCUAACGUUUUUGAAAGGGGAUCUGAUAAUUUUAGAGGAAGACAGUACUGGAGAGACUGUACUCAAUUCUGGUUGGUGUGUAGGAAGAUGCGAGAGGACUCAAGAAAAGGGAGACUUUCCAGCAGAGACUGUAUAUGUUUUGCCUUGCAUGUCCAAACCGCCGACUGACAUUCUUCAAUUAUUUUCAGUUGAGGGGGCUGAACAUGGUCGCCGACUCAGCCAGCAAUACUCAGUCAAUGGAACCGAAUCUCGAGAUCAUCCUCAUACUCUAGCAGACUACGCCAUAGACCAUUUCCGCCCCCCUCUGAAAAGAACAAUGUCGAAAGCUCUCACUCUGUCAUCGAAUCGAAGGAUAAUCGAUGAUCUUUGGAGACAUUCCAGAGAUCCGAUCAAGCAACCUCUUCUGAAGAAGCUGCUGAUGAAGGAAGAACUCGCCGAAGAAGCUUGUUUCGCUUUUACCGCCAUAUUAAAGUACAUGGGCGACUUACCUUCGAAGAGGCCAAGGAUGGGGAACGAAUAUACUGAUCACAUCUUUGAUGGACCUUUGAAACAUGAAAUACUACGGGAUGAAAUUUACUGCCAAGUGAUGAAGCAGUUGACAGACAAUAGAAAUAGAUUAUCCGAAGAAAGGGGAUGGGAACUCAUGUGGUUGGCGACAGGACUCUUUAGCUGCUCUCAAAGCUUACUGAAAGAACUCACCAUGUUCCUACGAAGCAGAAGACACCCAAUUUCCCAAGAUUCUCUGCAACGGUUGCAAAAGACUCUUCGGAAUGGCCAAAGGAAAUAUCCACCUCACCAAGUUGAAGUAGAAGCAAUCCAACAUAAGACUACUCAAAUUUUCCAUAAAGUGUACUUUCCGGACGAUACAGAUGAAGCGUUUGAAGUAGACUCGAGUACCAGGGCAAAAGAUUUCUGUCAGAAUAUCAGUCAGAGGUUGAAUUUGAGAUCUAGCGAAGGAUUCAGUUUAUUUGUUAAAAUUGCGGAUAAGGUUAUUUCAGUACCUGAGGGGGAUUUUUUCUUCGACUUCGUCAGACACCUAACAGACUGGAUUCGUAAAGCACGACCAACAAGAGAUGGCAUAACUCCUCAAUUCUCUUAUCAAGUUUUCUUUAUGAAGAAGCUGUGGACGAAUACUGUUCCUGGAAAAGAUAGAAACGCAGAUCUUAUCUUCCACUUCCACCAGGAGUUACCAAAACUAAUAAGAGGGUACCACAAAUGCAGCAAAGAAGAAGCUGCUAAGCUGGCAGCUCUGGUAUACAGGGUCCGGUUUGGCGAGAGUAAGCAGGAGUUACAGGCCAUUCCACAAAUGUUGAGGGAGCUCAUUCCAGCAGACCUGGUAAAAGUUCAGAACGCGAAUGAUUGGAAAAGAUCGAUUGUAGCGGCAUAUAACCAAGACGCAGGAAUGACACCAGAAGAUGCGAAAAUUACGUUUUUGAAGGUCGUGUACCGCUGGCCAACGUUUGGCUCGGCUUUCUUUGAAGUCAAACAAACCACGGAUCCAAAUUACCCAGAAAUGUUGUUGAUUGCCAUUAAUAAGCAUGGAGUCAGCCUUAUUCAUCCACAGUCGAAGGCUCUAUGGAUAACGAUACUACGCUUCACCGGAGAUUUACCCGAACCUAGAUACCACACGAUGGACAGAGACAACACCUCAGUCAUGUCGAAGGUAACUGCUACUUUGGGGCGUAACUUCAUCCGUAGUAAAGAAUUUCAAGAGGCACAGCUGAUGGGGCUAGACCCAGAUUCGUUCCUAAAGCAGCAGAAACCUAGGUCGAUCAGAAACAAAUUGGUGUCUCUGACGCUGAAAAGGAAAAAUAAACUCGGCGAAGACGUUAGAAGGAAACUGCAGGACGAGGAAUACACUGCCAAUAGCUAUCAGUCAUGGCUUGAAUCCAGACCUACAAGUAACUUAGAGAAGUUGCACUUUAUUAUUGGGCAUGGAAUUCUCAGAGCUGAACUAAGGCAGAGUGACCUGAAGUUUCGAAUUGAAACCAAAUACUUCACCAAUGCAAAAUCGUUGGUUUUUGAAAAGAAAGUUAACUAUGAAAAGAGGAAGAUAAUAUUAGUGGUUGCUGGAAAUAAUUAG